AAAUCCCCCGAUGAGAUUCGAAACAUAUGUCUAAUUGCACACGUGGACCAUGGUAAGACAUGCUUCGCCGACUCACUUGUCUCGACAAACGCGAUCAUUUCUGCUCGAAUGGCCGGAAAAUUACGGUUUCUUGACAAUCGUGAGGACGAGCAGACUCGUGGAAUAACUAUGAAAGCCAGCGGAAUUUCAUUACUAUACGGUCCCAUGCUGGUGAAUCUAAUGGAUAGUCCAGGUCAUAUUGAUUUUUCGUCAGAAGUAACAUCUGCUUUAUUAUUGUCGGACAUAGCUUUGUUACUAGUUGAUGUGGUUGAAGGUGUGUGCUCUCAAACAGAAGUUUUAUUACGGCAAGCGAUUACUCAUGGGCAAACGGUCAUCCUUGUUAUUAAUAAGAUGGAUAGGUUACGAGUCGAAUUAAAAAUGGAUGCGUCUGAAGCAUAUACUCAUAUCGUACGCUUACUUGAAGCUGUAAAUAGUUGCGUUAGUCAGGUAAUUCAAGGUUUUAUGCUGGAGAAUCUCGAGAAUAAUUCGACGGAGAGUAUAGAAGAAGUCGAAGCUGCUCUUUCCUUUGAUCCAGUGAAAGGGAACGUCAUCUUCUCAUCGGCAAUUCACUGCUACGCGUUUGGAGUGGAAGAUUUUGCUGAGAUGUAUGCUGAAAAAUUGAAAAUUCCUAAAUUGGAGUUGUCAAAGGCGUUAUUCGGAGAUUUUUAUAUAGCUGCUGGAAAAAUCAAAGAAGAUGCUGCAUCUCGUGGGAAGAAGCCGUUAUUUGUACAACUUGUGCUGGAUCCACUUUGGGCCCUUCACGAUUGCGGACUGGUCAAUAAUGACUUACCAAAACUGGUUGAAUUAAUGGGUAAACUUGGAGUGACUAUAAAAUCUCGUCGCAUUCACGAUGCCUUUGAUGAGGGCAUGAGAACGUGGCUUCCUCUUCCAGUGGCAUGUUUCAAGGCAUGUGCUCGUGCGCCCUCUGCGCGAACUGCUUUCAGAAAUAAUCAUCGGAUGCAGUAUCUAGUUGGAAACAAGGAGAAUCACCCGCUUGCUCAAGCGAUAAAGGACUGCUCUCCUACAGGACCGACUGUGGCACUUGUUGUGAAAUUUGUUCGAUUUGAGGAUCGUAAAGUUAGCGGUGUGUCGAAUUUUCAGCGGACAGAUCACUGCGGGUGCGAUUUUGUACGUGCUAGGACGAAA